AUGUCGCAUACACCAGUCGUUCCCAAUGCAACAGGAGCACACUUGACAAUCACAGCUGAAGAACUAUUUGAGCUACGGCAUGUAGCUCGUGGUACUAAACGACCAACGUUAAUCAUUCGUCACGGGUCUAUAGUUGCUGUCCAUACCGGCGAAAUACUGCAAAGAGACAUCAUCAUUAAUGGUCGACACAUUGCUGCAGUCACGCCUUGGGACUAUUUCCCAACGUCUAAGUAUGCCAGCGAUCCCCAUAUCGAGGAGGUUGAUGCAACAGGGAAAUACAUCAGUCCUGGAUUCAUUGACACUCACAUACAUAUCGAGUAUACCAAAUUGGUGCCUGGGGAACUUGCCAGGUUGAGUGUUCCGAGAGGAACCACCACCGUCCUCGCAGAUGCCAAUUGCAUUGCAAAUGUUCUUGGUGGGAGAGGGAUGGAUUUCAUGGGAACAACGAGCACACCUCUCCGUAUAUUCCGUCAAGUAUCCCACAAAGUGCCCAUGAGCGGCCCUAAUAUUGAACUUGGAGGCACUUCGCUAUCCACAUCACAGAUAUGUCACCGGGUUUCGGCUUGCGAAGCAGCCACUCUUGGGGAAUCCAAUCCCUUCUCAUUGGAUAUGGCCUCCGCCCAAAAGCAAGCUGCUGCUUUGCAGGCCGGAAAAAGAAUAACCGGCCACUCUGCCUUGCUAGUAAACGAGCCAUUGUGGGCCUACUGCGCUGGUGGCAUCGGAGACGAUCAUAACGCGCACCGGCCUGACGACGUCAUUAAACGCCUGCGCUUGGGGAUGAUGCUCACUGUCAUGUCUGGCAGUAUGAACUCUAAUAUCGAGCCGGUUUUCAGCAAUUUUGCCUUGUAUAAAGACGGCUUAAGAUUCAUCAGCUUCUGCGCAGACGACAAAUAUUGCGAGGAUCUGGACACAACUGGACACGUAGACUUGCAUGUCCGAAGAGCAGUUGAGCUAGGUGUUCCAGUCUUAGAAGCUUAUAAGAUGGCAACAAUCAAUGCGGCAUCAUACUACAGGCUUGAUCACCUUAUCGGGAGUGUCACGCCGGGCAAGCUUGCCGACCUUUUGAUCCUUGACAGGCUUGAAGACGCACGGCCAAGUCUUGUCAUUGGAAACGGUUCCAUUGUAGCCAAGGACAAUAAGGCUCUGUUUACAAAUUCUGACAUCGUACCUGACUUUACCCUCAAUACUAUUCAUCUUAAUGAGUGCCACUUCGACAAAGCGUCGUAUCAUCUGUAUCCUUCAGACAGAUCUAAUCCUAAAGCUUGGGUUCAAUGCGUGGAAAUGUAUGAUGGCUAUUUCAAGCGAGCGUUUCAUUACCAGCUACCCGUCAGCCCCGAAGAACCACACAACAUACUAUGCGAUACCGACCAUGAUGUACUGAAAGUAGUCAUCAUAGACCGACAUCACGGCACGGCCAAUCGCGGUAUUGCAUCUGUGCGCGGGUUCGGACUCAAGCGAGGAGCUAUUGCUACUACCACCAACUGCGAAAAUCAGAACCUCGUGGUUAUCGGCGCAGAUGAUGAGUCGAUUGCUGCAGCAGUGCUAGCCAUGCAGUUGCUUGGUGGCGGCAUGCUUGCAGUGAGUGGCCAGGGCCACCAAGUACUUGGGACUGUGAAAUUGGACGUCGCCGGUUGCAUGUCGUCAGCUCCUUGGGAAGAGGUCAGAGAUCAGAGUCUGAGGCUUGAGGAGUUGGUGAGAGAAAAUUUAGGAUGCACAAUGGAGCAGAACCCGUUUUUGAUUGCGAGCUUCGUCGGGCUGGUUGCUGUUCCUGAUCUAGGUCUGACUGAGCUGGGCCUGGUUGUUGGAGGAGGGGAGACUUUGAUGAACCCUGUGUUGGAAACAGAGCCUCUUCAGAACCAGCCAAAUCUAGACCCAACGCAGAGGACAGCGUCGGACUAUCAGGCAACCCCAGAUUUCACAUCGGUGUCAAAUGUCAGUGAUGUCUUCAUUACAGCCUUCCGUCGCAUUCAGAUUCAAAACGUCAAAAUGCGACUCAACUUGCGCGUGUUCCUCCUGCUCGUUGCGCUGGCAUCGCCCAUUGCAGCUCAACGGCGGCGCAUCCAACCGCAACCAGUGAUGGUCGAUGGUGCGGUCAACGAAGCCGAUGUGGAGGUCAGCGAGGAGGCCAUGAUCGAAUCCGUCAUUCCCAGCAGUGCCCCGGUAACCAUUGCAGCUCCACGUCCGCUGGCCACAGCGCCGGCCAAACCCAUCUUGCCUAUCACCGCGCUACUGUACUCGUCUUCCCCGGGCCCCAAGGAAUGUCGGGGUACGCCCGUGUUCAGUCUCAAUCUGCCAAAGGGUCCCGGGGUGGCCACACCAAAGGGUCCUACCUGCUACAACGUCACCGCCGCAUCGCAGGCUGAGUGCGGCACUUUCAUGGCGAAUAUGGAGGAUGGAUGUCAGGCGCGGGUCUUUGGGGAGCUGGGUUGCCAAUCCUUUACCAAUCUGGCUGUCUUCAUGGAGGAGUUGAGGCCAGUGGGUGGAAUCAUCAGAAGUAUCGAGGUCACCUGCGGCAUACAGAGCACGCAGCCUGCACCUUUGAAUUUGAAUCUACCAGCAGCAAAGAAGAAGAAGCCUGCUGGGGGAUGA